AUGGGUGGUCAUAUUGAUUUGUACCUCGACAUCGGCGCAGUAAAUGCCGCCUCCGGCAACAAACCCCCCUGGACCCUCCCCGCCAAAGCCGUCUACGGGGUCCACGAUAGCCAGCGCUCGCUGCGCGCCGUCGGGCUAUCCAAUGUCUCGGCGCCGGGGGACCUAAUGCAAGCAGGCCGGACUAUUGUCCCGCUCCGCGCGCUCCUCUACAUCAAGUCGCAGUACCCGGCCGCGACGUACCUCGCGACGUGGCGGGCGCUGUUCCACGCGUUCUGGACGCUGCACCAGCCACCUAUCACGCCCGAGGCUUUGGAACAGACGCUUGCGAGUAUUCCUGCUGGCACUAAUUUCGCUAGUUCUUCUCCGCCCGAGACUUUGGGCAAGGGACGGGAGGAGGAGGGGAGAAGACUGUUUUCGGCGGAGGAGGUCGCGGCGAUCCUGCGCGCGGAGAAGUCCGUCGAGUAUAAGAAUACGCUCCGGGAGACGACGCAGAGAGCGCUGGACCAGGGUGCGUUCGGCGCCCCGUGGCUGUGGGUUACGAGUGCGGCGACGGGGGAGAGCGAGCCUUUCUUUGGUAGCGAUAGGUGGAGUCACGUGUAUGCCUUUCUUGGACUGCCGUAUCAAGAUGUUGAGCUAUUACCGCCUGGGGCUGCAAAGGGUUCGCAAGCAAAACUCUGA